AUGUCUUCGACCGUUACCACCAAGUUACCACUACGAAGUCUAAGAUUGCAGGUUACGGCUUCUUCUCGCGCGACUCCAUUCGCUGCUCAGAGACGGCGCUUCUUCUUCAAUUCCUUUUGGCGAUCACCUAAGCCGGCCGAGCAUGCUGAUUGGAGCCCCGCUACUCAUGGUCCCUUCCGACCAACCAAACACCAGGAACAGCUGCAGCAAGAACAAGACUCGAAACUGUCAAAAGAGCAAGAACCUCUCAUUCACAAUGACCCGAGCAUCGGUCAACUUGACGGUAGCCCAGCGAAGAAGAUUGCUGUGAAUAUCGAUGGAGAUCCCAAGGUCUUCGAUGCUGUAUUUCUCCGUGACAGCUGCACAUGUACACAAUGCAUGGACCCUGACAGCAAGAACAAGCGCUUCCAGACUUCAGAUAUUCCGGAACAUCUCGAGGGCAGCUGCAAGACAGUCGUUGACGAGGACAAGGGGACUUGUAUCGAGCUCUCGUGGAAGACAGAUGUCAAAGGCUUUGGUCCGGAGCAUCGCACACGGCACUCUAUCGACUGGCUACGGCGUGCAUUCAAUACUGAAAUCGAGUUGCGUGGUGGGGUACGACACGAUGACAGAGUGUUCUGGGACAACAAAAGGAUCGUACAAGACAACAAAUGGAUUGACUACGACAGCUACAUGUCCCAAGACGAAACACUCUUCAAAGCACUCACUCACCUCAAUAGAUACGGUCUUCUCUUCAUUAAGAAUGUACCAGAAUCUGAGGAAUCCGUAGUCUCACUUGCGUCCCGUAUCGGUACACUAAAAGACACAUUCUACGGCCGUACAUGGGACGUUCGCUCGAAACCCAAAGCCGAGAACAUAGCUUACACUCCCGAUUACCUCGGUCUCCACAUGGAUCUUCUCUAUACAUCCAACCCGCCUCAUCUGCAAUUCCUGCACUCCCUCCGAGCCCGCACACCAGGCGGUGAAUCCUUUUUCUCCGACUCCUUCGCCGCAGCACACCAACUCCGCCAACAAUCCGAAGGCCACUUCAGAACUCUAUGUACCUUCCCCGUGACAUACCAUUACCACCACCCAAAGUACCACUACCACUUCACGCGACCGGUAAUUGAGACAUUCUCCUACUCCAACUACAGUGAUCCCACCAAUCUCGCCAUUCGCCGCAUAAAUUGGUCUCCACCUUUUCAGGCACCAUUCGAGGCACGUAUCGGCAGCGGCAGUUCUACGUCGCUUCGCUCAUUCAUUGCUGCUUCGCACGCAUACGAGAAAUUACUCAGUGCUGAAGAGAAUCUGUACGAGUACAGGUUGAAUGAGGGCGAGUGUGUUAUCUUCGAUAAUAGGAGGGUGUUGCAUGCUAGGAAGGCUUUCGAUGCUUCAAAGGGUGAGCGGUGGCUCAAGGGCGCGUAUGUUGACGACGAUGUCUUCUUCAGCAAAUUGAGGGUGCUCGAGGAGAAGUUUGAGGGCAAAUGGGUCGCUGAGGGUGUAGUUCGACAUGCUGUAAAAUAG